AGCAACAGAAAAAGCAAAAGAGGCGCGGGGGGACCAACAGAGGAGAAAGAGAAAAGGCAAGCCCGCACUGCAGCAACAGAGAGAGAGAGAUAAGGAAAAGAGGCGGAAGGGAAGAGGAGGGGAGGGAGGGGCCUCGCCGUUCGCCAUUCACCACCUCCUUCUCUUCCUUGGUUUAAUUUCUUCAGUCAGGUGAUUCCCGUGCUUGAAAUUGUUGGCUUUCUGGGAAAUCUGGUCGCUUGGCUUGCUUGUCAUUUCCUUUUCAUAUGUUGAAUGGUGGUUGCUUGAUAUUCGCAUGAGAUAUUUUGGGCGCCCUUACCAACAAUAUGGCUUCCUUGUCUGGAAUGGUUCAACGACCUCUCGUUGCGGCUGCUGCCGUUGCUGUUGCCUCGGUUUCUGCUGACAUCUCUGAUAAAUUGCCGUCUUACCGAUCCAAUGACGCUUGUUCUACGUCGGGUUUAUCACACAUCACCUCCUUGCAAGAUUGGAACUCAUCCUGGGUUUCACAUAUUUCGGUUUCUAAGCUCGCAAACUUGUCCUUUGUCUCUAGAAUUCCAGUACCUGUGCCCAACAUUAACUUCCCAAUUCCUAACACGGGCUGCAAUUUUGUUCCCAAGCAGCUAUAUUCAUCGGUUGCAUCUUCACCUCUUCUUCUUAAUCUGUAUCAGUCCGCAGACCUGGUUAAAGCACGAAAGCCAGCUUCGUAUAACCAUGAUAUAUCAUCUACCUCCCCAUCUGAGGUCUCGUACAGAUGGCAUUUACCUGAACCGAAUGCCAUAGAUGUUUCAGGCGGUUCUGAUUGCUCAUCAGCAAAGUUCAGGACUGUGGUGGUUUUGCUAGGAUGGUUGGGAGCAAAGCAAAAACAUCUCAAGAAGUAUGCCGAGUGGUAUACUUCCAGGGGAUAUCAUGCUAUUACAUUUACUUUGCCCAUGUCUGACAUUCUCAAAUACCAACCUGGCGGGAAAGUUGAAGAGCACAUCGACUCGCUUGUGAGCCAUUUGGCUGAUUGGUUAGAAGAGGAACAUGGAAAGAACAUGGUGUUCCAUACUUUUAGCAAUACUGGAUGGUUAACGUAUGGGGUAAUUUUGGAGCAGUUCCAGAAGCACGAUCCUUCUCUAAUGGGCAGGAUUCGGGGCUGCGUUGUGGAUUCUGCACCUGUUGCAGCACCUGACCCCCAGGUCUGGGCUUCUGGUUUCUCUGCAGCCUUUCUGAAAAAGCGUAGUGUAGCAGCAAAAGGAACAAUGGACUCAAAUGAGUCAGGGAUGGAUGCUUUGGUUGGCAGCAAUAAUGAAGUAGUGGCACCCAAACCUGCAGUAACCGAAGCAGCAUUGCUAGUAGUCUUGGAGAAGUUCUUUGGGGUGGUUUUGAAAUUUCCUACAGUGAACAGGAGGCUUUCUGAUGUGUUAAGCCUAUUGUCAGCGCGCCAACCAAGUUGUCCGCAAUUGUAUAUCUACAGCUCUGCAGACAGGGUGAUUCCUGCAGGGUCAGUGGAAUCAUUCAUAAAGGAGCAAAAGAGGGCGGGACAUGAGGUUAGGGCUUGCAACUUUGUGUCGACGCCACACGUUGAUCAUUUCAGAAACGACCCAAAACUGUACACUUGUGAGCUAACCGGGUUUCUGGAGGACUGCGUGCUUCCUUGUUGCAAACAGUCGCAUUGAUUGAUCGAAACCAUGGAGUCACCGAAGAUGAUUCUAAAAUUCUUUCUGUUACUUGUGGUUAAAUUUACACAGCAUAUCCAAUUAAUUCAUUUGUGUAGAGGUGGUUGAAUGCAACACAGGAUAUCCAUUUUCCGCUGUUUGUUUUCACAUCACAUGCUACAGACAAUAUAUACAAACAGAUUAUUCUCAUCGAUCAACUGUCAAGUUUUACCAAAGGAUGAAUGAUGAUGUUAGUUGUACCCAUUUGCA